UGGGCCCACUGUUGACAAAAAAAAGAUAAGAGCAGGCUCUCUGAAAGUUCAAAUGAAUAAGGCCUUGUCCAGAACUUCAUGGAAUUAACGUGAGUAAAGGAUUAUGUUGAAUAAACCAUUAAAUGGAUUUGUUUGAGCCAUGAAAGUUGCUGACAUAGUCUAGGUUUUAUAAGUGAGUGAGCAUGAGUUCAUUCAGACUGCAGCAGCUGAAAGGUCAUAUUUUUCCUGAAAAUAAGAUCCUGACAAUGGCAGUCUCAGAGAGUCCUCUGACCACUCAUGUGCUUAACGUUGGGUUGGGAGUCCCAGCAUCCAAUGUGACUCUCAGACUUUAUCGACAAGAUCCUUCCUCAAAAACAUGGCAGCUAUUAACUACUGGGGUCACCAAUGCUGAUGGGAGAUAUCCUGGUCUCAUCACCAAACCGCUGUUUACAGCGGGUGUGUACAAACUGCAUUUUGAGACCGCCCAGUACUGGGCAAGUCUGGGAGACUCUUCAUUUUACCCCUAUGUUGAGAUUGUCUUCACCAUUAACGACCCAGGACAAAAGUACCAUGUCCCACUGCUUCUGAGUCGUUUCUCUUACAGUACUUACAGGGGGAGCUAGAGAUCAACUCUGCGUUUAGAUCAACAUUCAUGAAGUUUGUGUCUGAAAAUUCAUGCCAGUGAACAACAUUUAAAACCUAGGCCUACUUUGAUGUUUUGUCAAUGAACCAAUGCAACACUUGGUGUGAUUUAAAUAAAAAAUGCAAUAGUUUUCAGUA